AACGACAUCUAACGGUACGUGAUGAGCUGGAAUACGUAGUCUGUGGUAGUCUGAUUGAUUCGAUCUAUAAGAAGUGGUUGUGGCAUCCACGUGCGAACAACUUGAAGAAACAAUCUGUGACACUGACAUUUUUAAUCAUGGUACUGGAUUUGGAUCUUUUUCGAAAUGACAAAGGUUUCGACCCGGAAAAAAUACGAGAAAAUCAAAAGAAACGUUUCAAAGACUUACAGUUAGUGGAUACAGUGAUCGAAAAGGAUAAAGUUUGGCGUCAGCUGCGACAUAAGGCUGACAAUUUAAAUAAACUGAAAAAUGUAUGCAGUAAAGAAAUCGGAGAGAGAAUGAAAAGAAAAGAGCCGGUGGGUAGCGAUGAUGCAAUCCCGAAGGAUCUUCUUGAAAAUUUAGAAAAUUUAGUCUCUGAUAACCUGAAAUCAUUAACGGUUACUCAGAUUAAAACUAUUCGUGGUUGUAUUGAUGAUGCUAUAGAAAAAAAUGGCAAAGAUUUAAUAUCAACUGGGUUAGAAAGAAAUGGCGCUCUCAAGGAAGUAGGCAAUUUUUUACAUGACUCUGUACCAAUUAGCAAUGAUGAAGAGGAAAAUAAGGUUGAAAGAACUUAUGGAGAUUGUACAGAAAAGAAGAAAUACUCUCAUGUUGACUUAAUACACAUGAUUGAUGGAUUAGAUGGGGAACGAGGUACUAAUAUUUCUGGUGGGCGUGGUUACUUCUUAGUGGGGCCAGCAGUUUUUUUGCAACACGCAUUGAUACAAUUUGCCCUUAGACAAUUGUUUGCAAAAGGUUAUAAACCUCUUUAUGCACCAUUUUUUAUGCGUAAAGAUGUUAUGCAGGAAGUAGCACAGUUAUCUCAAUUUGAUGAUGAACUUUACAAGGUGAUAGGUAAAGGUAGCGAACGUAGCGACGACAAAGAAAUAGAAGAAAAAUAUUUAAUUGCAACAUCUGAACAACCAAUAGCUGCAUUUCAUCGGAACGAGUGGAUUCCUGAAAAUGCAUUACCAAUUAAAUAUGCUGGACUGUCUACAUGUUUCAGACAAGAAGUAGGAUCCCACGGGCGCGACACAAGAGGCAUUUUUAGAGUUCACCAAUUUGAGAAAGUGGAACAGUUUUGUCUGACAUCUCCAUUUGAUAAUAAAUCUUGGCUAAUGAUGGAAGAAAUGAUUUCAAAUGCAGAGGAAUUCUACAAAGCUUUGGAGAUUCCCUACCGCAUAGUGAAUAUAGUAUCGGGUGCCCUAAAUAACGCUGCUUCGAAAAAACUAGACUUGGAAGCAUGGUUUCCAGGAUCGGGUGCCUUUCGUGAACUUGUAUCGUGUAGCAAUUGCUUAGAUUAUCAAGCAAGGCGAUUAUUAGUCAGGUAUGGUCAAACAAAAAAAAUGAAUGCUAGCACAGAGUAUGUUCAUAUGCUAAAUGCAACGAUGUGCGCAGUCACUCGCGUCAUAUGCGCCAUCUUGGAAGUGCAUCAAACCGAUACUGGCAUUAAGAUACCGAAAGUUUUAGCACAAUUCAUGCCAACGGAAUAUGAAGAUGAAAUUCCAUUCGUUAAGCCAGCUCCUAUUGAAGAAGUGGAAACAAAGAAAAAAAAGUCAAAGGAGCAGAAAGAUAUUAUCUUAACUUAAAGUAAUCGUUUUACGAUCAGUUUAAAAUAGUGUAAUCUUAACGAAUUCGAUUGGUUAAUAAAUUGUAACAGUUGAAUUCAAUUCAAUCACAAUAUCCAAUGAUCAAUUUUUAUACUUGUUUAACAGAUUUUCUGUAAACAUUGCGACUGUUAAAUAUAGCUGUCUGAAUGUUUGUUUUAAACAUCUGAAUGCAUAAAAUAACGAGUCUCGAUCAUCUUAACGGUAUAAAUAUACACGAUACAUUUCAAUACCUAUCUUGUCCUAUUUGUACAAUCACACGAUUUAUGUACUCAGGUACGUCCUCUUAAGUGUGUAAUAAAUCAAGUCAAAAGAG